UCAGCUUGCGGCAUUGGCGGUGCGGAGCGGAGCGGGGCUGGUUCUUUCUGCUUCCUUUAGUGCUUUGCCGGCUGUUGCUGCCGUUCCCUUGCGAAGAGUUGGACUGAGCCGGGCGGGACCGGCGGCUGAAUCGUAUCCCCGGGGCAGGGGACGGAGACGCGGUGGCAGCUCGGGUAGCCCGCCUGCUCGCUGCCUACGUGGGCCCGGCUCGCCACGGUGCCCUGUGAGAAACGAGAAGAAGCGGGAGGCGGCGGCCGCGGGGAGGAGGGCGCUGCCAUCGUCCUGCUGCACGGCAAGGCCAGCUUGGCGAGCCUGGCCAUGGCCGCCAUCCGCAAGAAGUUGGUGGUGGUGGGGGACGGAGCCUGCGGCAAGACCUGCCUCCUCAUCGUCUUCAGCAAGGACGAGUUCCCCGAGGUUUACGUGCCCACCGUCUUUGAGAACUACGUGGCUGAUAUCGAGGUGGACGGCAAGCAGGUGGAGCUGGCGCUGUGGGACACGGCCGGCCAGGAGGACUACGACCGCCUGCGCCCUCUGUCCUACCCAGAUACGGACGUGAUCCUCAUGUGCUUCUCUGUGGACAGCCCGGACUCUCUGGAGAACAUCCCGGAGAAGUGGGUGCCCGAAGUCAAACACUUCUGCCCCAACGUCCCCAUCAUCCUGGUGGCCAACAAGAAAGACCUGCGCAACGAUGAGCACGUUCGCAAUGAGCUGGCCCGCAUGAAGCAGGAGCCGGUGCGCACAGAGGAUGGCCGCGCCAUGGCCAUCCGCAUCCAGGCUUACGACUACCUGGAGUGCUCGGCCAAGACCAAGGAGGGUGUCCGGGAGGUCUUUGAAACAGCCACCCGGGCGGCCUUGCAGAAGCGUUACGGCACUCAGAACGGCUGCAUCAAUUGCUGCAAGGUCCUAUAGGGUGAGGCUGGAGCUCGGUGCCGGGCACGGCGCCUGGGUCACCUGUUGGCAGGCGGAGAGGAGCUGGGGCACGCAUGCACACGGCAUCUGCCUGUCCCCUCAGCUGGGGGCUCGCAGGGAAUGGGGGUGGGGACUAAGGGAGGGGCACGCUCCCUCAGCCGUAAAGGGUUGUGCUGGCUCAGCCGCGGGGACGGAGGGAGGGGGGGUGGGGAUUGCAUGCCCUGAGUCUUGGGAAUCGGGUGGGGAGGAGCGUUCUCCCGUCACUGGCCCCUUCAAGUUGAUAGACUCUAAACAAGAAGCUGCUGAGACUGGACUGAGCAAACAUUGCACCCAGCUCUCUGCCUGCGCCCACCACCUGCGGCUCCCGGCUCCCAGGCGGCCUCCUCUCUUUUGCAAGAGGAGAGCGGUGGAGCUGAGAUGCUGGAAGGGACUUCUGCCUCCUGCGUGCAUGUGCCUCCCCUCAGGCGAGCUGGGGAGCAGGCUGCAUCUUUUGGGCUGCUUGUGGCGUCCUGACGUCUCCUGCAGGUGUUCUGGCCUGAACCUGACAUGAUGUGCAAGUUGGCCUUGAAGACCUGGACUGGGAGGGGAGGCUCAUCCCAAGCAAAGCCUGUAUAUAUCUUACUUUUCUGUCUUGUGCAAACCGGGGUAGUGCAGGGGGUGCUUAUUUCAAGUGAGGUGGGGAGGGGGUGCCCUGCUGGGACUUAUAAUUGUGCAAAGGAACGCUUUGCCCAGCACAACCGAUGCCUGCUGCUGACAUGAGCCUUGAAUUGUCACUGGGCUGGGAAGUAAAGCUGGGCUGCUCCAUCCUGGUGGUGGAUGUGGCAAGGGAGCGAGGGGGACGGAGCUUAUUGCCAUAUGAUGAUCUUGGUGCCUGCUCCUUCAUUUCAUGUUGUCUUCUGCGAAUGCAUUGAUUUGGGUUUAUUUAAACGCUUGUUUUGAAGUGAGUUUGCACAGUUUGGAUUUCUGUUGGCUACUCAAUGUGUUUGUAUCUUCAUUCAGCACCGCAGCGUUGGAAACAUUCUUCCUCGGUAACCUCAUCUGGGCCUUGUUGUACAUUGUGACUUGGGCACGAGUAAUGGAAAUCACUGUAUCUCUUUUUGCCUUGGAAAAAGAUGAAAGCACUGUUCCUUACGCAUCGAGUACAUCAGACUUUUAAUAUUAAAGGGCAGAUUAAAGAGUUUAGGUUUAUUUAAAACUUAUUUUCGCUGGGUAGCAGACCCAGGUGAAAAUAAUGCAGCGUUUCUCUGGGUCAGAGAACAGAUUUACCUGUUUGUUUGUUUCCUUCCUCUCUCUCCUUCCCUUAACAGUGGUACUGAGACUGUUUGUUGUUUUUAAGAACUUGCCAUGGCGACAACUGAGAUGUAUAUGAUGUUUACAUAAAUCUAUGAACUGUGUAUGCAGGUUUUUUUUUAAUGUAAAGUAUUAAAAGAUUCUAUGCUGAA